AUGACAUAUUUUACAAAUUGGGAUGAAUUUGCCAAAGCCGCCGAGCGACUUCAUUCAGCAAACCCGGACAAAUGCAGGUAAAAAAAUGAUUUGAAAAAAAGAUUCCGUUACCAUGGAGAUAUGCUUUAGAUUCGUCACAAAAUACAAUCACACAGCCGGAAAAUUGAUUCUGAAAUUCACAGACGACGUCGUCUGUUUGCAGUACAGCACAACACAAUUGCAAGACGUGAAGAAGCUCGAGAAAUUGUCGUCCACAUUUUUGCGACAAGUUGUGACACAGUAG